AGCGCAUCCUCGGCUAACGUCGGACAGUCUCUUAUCUCGAAGUUCGAGCUUCGACGGGCGCGUUUUUCGAAAUAAAUUUUAUCGAAACCAAUUACCUACCCCUUUUGUAGUCCUUAGUUCCCAAAGGUUCUGUGGAUGACGAGAUAUUUUAAAUCGACUCCGAUCGAUUGUUUACAAAGUGCCGGCUUGAUUGCUGUGCAAUCAAUUGGUAAACAAGUGCGCGAAGUUCAGGAGACAACGAACAAUUUUUGUGACUUAUGUCAUUCGACGAACGAUCCAAGUUUUGAGGAUUGAACCAUUGGAUUAACAUUCUUCAAUUGUUUUUUUAAAAAGUGUUGACUUUAAGAAGAAAUUUAAAAGUGAACUGCCAAAAGUGGACCUUUAGUGAAAAGUGAAGAAGUUUGGAACUCGAAAUUUACAUUCUGCAGUGUUGUUCAAAUUAAGUGCAUUGAGACUCUUUAUGGAAGAAAAGACUCGAGUAAUGAAAAUUUGCAUUGAUUAAAAUUGUUACAAAGAUGGAGAUUGGUGUAUGCAAAAAGUAACGGAAGCUGAGAAGAAGACGAGGCGGGAAGAUACGAUUCUCGCUAAAAGGCGCCGUGGAUUUAUAACGACGGACGGCCUGAAAUAACAGCAGAGGGUGUAAGCUGGAAACAGUGAAUCAGCAACGACCGCAAGAAUCUCCUGACAUUGGGCACGAGCUUCAGGAAUGCAUAGAAUCCAUCUUAUUAAAAAUCAGAAUCCUAUUUUUAAUGCACAAGAACUAUAAACGGAAAUUUGAUUUUUUAUCGGAGAUUUUGGUAUCUUGAGCAUCAAGAACCAAAUCGAAAGCGAUUGUCGAAAACCAGAAGCUUCAGAAACUCGAGGAAGCAACUUUAUAGAUCAACAUCGCUUGGAACGAGCUUUCCUUGGAACAAUUUGGCAAUUGAAGACUCAUGUCGCGUCGACUUUAGCUAUUGUUUUUUCGAUUGACAGGAUGGACAGGAUGAAGGCUAACUCUUAUUUUGUCCUAGGCAUCUUUUUUGCCCUGAUUAUCGAGGCAACACAGGGAAGACAAAUUCGAUUAGACAUGCGAAAUGAAGAAAUUACAGUAACCGCGGGCGAGAAACUGAAUAUAAAAUGCUCACCUUAUCCCGAAGCGGAAGCUUCUUGGUAUAAGGACAACGAAAUCCUGAAGGCGAAAUUACCUAGAAUUCGGGUGAUAAAGCAGUCGUUAAAAUUCAAGUAUGUAGAAGUGGAAGAUUCUGGGAUGUAUGGUUGUCGAUUGGAAUUCGAUAGAAGUUUAGAAUGGCGAAAUGUUUCAAUUCGAGUGGAAACACUUCAGAAUGAUGGUUACCAGGAAGAAAAUGAAAACUUGGGAGCUGUUAUGGCAGCUCUUAGGCCUGAGGAGGAAACGAAUGAACUCGAUUUGGGAUCCAGAAGUAUGCCAGAAGCGCGGUCACUUUACUUAGAGACGGAAUUCGAAAAUACGAAGGACGAAAACGAGAGGGAUGAAAAUGAAGACUUUGGGGAACAUAACCAGACAGUACCGGAAAGUGAACCAGUGUUCAAUAAGGUUGAGGAAAUUCACGGUUUGGUCAUAAAAUCUGCAGGAAGCACACUUAAACUGAAAUGUCCAGCUGGUGGAAAUCCACGACCAAACAUCACAUGGACCAAGAAUAACGAAGAACUAUCAAGAAACAGAUGGAGCUUAAAGUUCGAACAUCUCGCUUUGGAAGACACUGGGAAUUAUACCUGCCGUGUUUGUAACCACCUUAGGUGCAUCAGUCAUACCUUCAAAGUUGACGUUGUUGAAGGUUAUUUAGAAUCAGAUUUGGAUAAUGAGAAGCCGGACAAUGAAAGAGACGGCAACAAUAGUCCAGGGGAGCACAAUAAAACUUUGCCAGAGACCCCACCGAUGUUCAAUAAAACUGACGAUAUGCAUGGAACGGAAGUGAAACCGGCCGGAAGUAUGUUGCGCCUUAAGUGUCCAGCUGUAGGCAAUCCUGGACCAAACAUCACUUGGUACAAGAAUAACGAGGAGCCUAAGAGGACUCUGGGAACUGUCAUAAGGAAUAAGUGGACUCUGAGGCUCGAAGAUCUUGUUAUUCAAGAUGGAGGAAAUUAUACCUGCGUUGUCUGCAACUACCUUGGGUGCAUCAAUCACACCUUCAAAGUCGAAGUUAUUGAAACUGUGAAGCAUCGACCAAUCAUGACAAGGGCUCCGGAAAAUACAACGGUCCUAAUUGGAGGCAAUGCUACCAUGGACUGUCAGGUUCUUUCGAACGCGCAUCGUCACAUUGAGUGGUAUCGCGGAUACCACACUAAUAUUAGCAACAUCGAAACCAACCAAAGCUUAAGCGUUGAGGUUAAGUCUGUGGCGGAAAAUCCUGAAGUACUAACGCUAAUCAACGUGACUCAGAAAGACGAGGGUUGGUACACUUGCAUUGCACAAAACACGCUUGGUGAGGCAUUCAGUAGUGCCUAUCUCCGAGUUGUUGAAACCCUGGAACCUAAAGUUCCUCUAACUGCAAGAUCUCAAUCAUUGCUGGUGAACAUCCUAGCUGCUGUGCUCAUAGUCUUCUUCGCAUUUGGCGGAAUAGUUGUUGGCUACAUAUACCACAGAUUAAAGCGAGAAAAAAUGAAAAAAUUGCUGGCUAUUGAAACAGCAAGAGCUGCUGUGGUGACCCAGUGGACCAAGAAGGUUAUUGUGGAGAAGCAGAAUCUUGUGAAUGCCCAGAAUGUUCAGGAACCACUUCUGAUGCCUGUGGUAAAAAUUGAGAAGCAAAAAUCAACUGUGACUACCGAGGACAGCAAUGGUGGUAGCAUUUCCGAAUAUGAACUGCCUUUGGACAGUGCCUGGGAGUUGUCAAGAGAGCAUUUGGCUCUGGGAUGUACACUUGGAGAGGGUGCUUUCGGGAAAGUCGUCAGAGCUCAAACUAAUACAGGAAAACCCGGAAUACCUAGUAUUGUGGCUGUUAAGAUGCUGAAAGAGGGUCACACGGACUCGGAAAUGAUGGACCUGGUUUCGGAGAUGGAGAUGAUGAAGAUGAUCGGCAAACACGUAAACAUAAUAAAUCUGUUAGGAGCUUGUACUCAAGGCGGACCACUCUAUGUAGUUGUUGAAUUCGCGCCUCAUGGAAAUCUUCGGGACUUCCUUCGAGAACAUAGGCCUUGUUCCGGAUACGAAACGGCAAUCGGCCAAGAUGAGAAGGAGAAGAAGACUCUUACUCAAAAGGAUUUGGUGUCUUUUGCUUAUCAAGUGGCAAGAGGAAUGGAGUAUCUGGCGAGUAGAAGGUGCAUCCACAGGGAUCUGGCAGCCCGAAACGUUCUCGUCAGCGAAGAGUACGUUUUGAAGAUCGCUGACUUCGGUCUGGCUAGAGACAUUCACUGUCACGACUACUACAGAAAGACAACUGAUGGCAGGUUGCCAGUCAAGUGGAUGGCACCAGAGGCUCUCUUUCAUCGCAUCUAUACCACUCAGUCCGACGUAUGGUCGUACGGAAUUCUGUUGUGGGAAAUCAUGACACUAGGUGGCACACCAUACCCAUCCGUACCGUCGGUUGAAAAAUUGUUCCAGUUGUUAAGGACAGGACAUCGAAUGGAGAAACCACCCUGUUGCUCGAUCGAAAUAUAUAUGCUCAUGAGAGACUGUUGGAGCUACCAACCGAACGAAAGACCAAUGUUUGGAGAACUGGUCGAAGAUCUCGAUAGGGUAUUGACGAUAACCACAAACGAGGAAUACUUGGAUCUGGGUCUUCCACAACUCGACACACCCCCAUCAAGCCAAGAAUCCAGCGAAGCUGAAGACGAGGACGAAGAUGGUCAAGAAACAUUUCCCUACUUGUUAUGAGACUCGAGGAAGUUGACUUGUGAAAAUAUUCUCACAAAAAUUACGUCCAAUCGAAAAAGCGAUGAAAUAUAAGAACGAACAUGGAAGAUAGACGAAUGGAGGAAAGUAUGUUAGGUGGUGUUGAUUAAUAAUCGACUGAUGUGACGAACACGCCAAAUAAUACAAAUCAGUAUUGACCAGAAUUGUAUAGAAUUGUAUAGAACUUAAAGACUUACGCAAGUAAAAAAAUACUUGAAGAAGGUGACUGGUAAAUCUUUUUAGGGAUUUAAAAAAAGUAAUGACCUUUUGUAGGUUCUUUACUCAACAUUGUGCCAUGAAGAAGUGCCUUGAUCUUUCAUAAGAAGGCAAUACUGGUAAGCAAUGAAAUUGCAGAGUUUUAUCGGAUGUUUUUGUACAAAUAUAAACCACCCGAAGUGUAAAACUGAAGGGAAUAUUUUUCUAUUAGACUUGAUUAAAAAGCAAAUAAAUUGGGAUUGCGUCAAUUAAUCGCAGUCGCCAUUUUCGAAGAUGGCGAAAUACUGCGUUUGUAACUAGUCAAUUCAUACUCAAGUUUUUGUACAUUGAUAGAUUAUAAAUUUUAGAAGUAUUUGUGACGGUUCUACGUAAGUAGAGAUAGGUUGUUUAUUGUUAAUUUUGUGCAUUAUUUACGUUAUUGGAAAAACGAAGCGGGUGCUGUAAUUAGAGAGUCGUUAAUUAGGAAUAGACACUUGACUAUAUAUUUGUAAAUAGCCCGUCCAACGAAUGGAAAUAUCUUGCUUCGAGACAGCAAACUUCGCCAAAAAGUUACGUAAUUGUAAACGAACUGACAAACAGCGUCUGGGUAACAGUGUACCACCUAACUCUGUAUCUAUGCAUCCAGGGCCACGUUCGCACAGAAAUCUCUCUUAACUAAUAUUAUUUAUUUCCUAAAAUUAAAUAAUUUGGAGUAAAUUUGUUAGAUUUGAAGUUGUAUUUUUAACAGUUAUUUUUGUACAAAGAGAAUUAGUAAAAGAAGCGUUCACUGUUAAACAGACUGUCAAAUCAGCACAUCUUGAUAUAAUGUUAAGAAUUCUAUAUAAAUUGUAUAAAUAGAAAGUUAAGUAAAAUACUUAGUGUUAGAUAAUUUAUUCUGUGUAAAUUAACGAUUGAAAAUUUGUAAUAUGAAUCUUUUUUUACAUAACUUAAGAUUACUGUUGCUAAGGCUGUAAUUCGUUCCAUUUAAAGUCGUAAAUGAAAAGAAACCUGCGUUUGUAUGAACAAUAAGAAGCUUAAGUGCUUGACGAAAUUAGCAGAAGUAAGGCUAGGCCCUAAGAAAAUGUAAAUAAUGAUAAUAUUUUGUGUAUUAUUUAAAUUCAAACCAAGGGCAAUCAAAACUCAGAAAUUAGCCUGUAAAACAGCAUUUAUCUACAAUACGUAAAAAAGAACUUCAUGUCCGUGUAAAGUUAUUGUAUUGUGAGUUCAAACUCUAAAUAAAUCAAAUUUGUACUCAUUAAA